AUGGUAAGCGACCACCUUAGGCGUUGCAUUAACAGUCUUAUUCGUGUAGAACCACUUGGAUGGGCCCACAAGUGGUGCAUUUGUGCGAAUACAUUAAUAGAAUAUUUAGCCAUGCUAACAAAUAUUAUGGUGGCAAGGUCACACACGAUGUUCUGGUGUGGUUUAGCGCUGACUUUGUGGAUGUGGAAAGACGCUAAGAUCGAUCAGAUCAUCCCGCGUGGUUUACGAUAA